AUGGACGAAACCGAGGAAAACACAUCAAUAGAUUCGAUAGAAGUUGGCCCCACAAGUCCACACGUACUCGUCACUCCACGUAUACCGAUUCCAGUAAUGAUGCGCGAAACGCCGUUGUCCACAAAACGAGAACGGCAGGCGAUAACGCCACGUUUCAGACGACCGGCGCCGCGAAUGAUAAAGACUGUCCCACAGACACGGAGUAUAUGGGCGGUAGCGAAGGAUACGACGCCCAGAUUGGUGACACCACAUGGUCCAAAACCACUGGAAUCGCCGAAAUACGAUCGUAACAACAGUCAAACAUUCUUCGAGCAAGUCUUCCAAAUCGACGAGAUCAUCGGACGCGGUUCAUUCGGAGAAGUAUUCCGAGCACGAUGUCGAGAGGAUUCCCAAAUGUACGCGAUCAAAGUCUCAAUCGCCCCAAUGCGUCAACACUCGAUCAGCAAAUAUCGAGAGGCUGAAAGUCACAUGAUCAUUCCACCACACAAGAAUCUUGUCAAAUUCUAUCGUGCGUGGGAGGAGACGGAUCAUUUGUACAUUCAAACGGAGCUGUGUGAUCAGAGUCUCCAACAGUAUUGUACAGUGAAUCACGCGCUUCCAGAAAACGACAUUUGGAACAUCUUUGUAGAUUUGUUGGAGGCGGUGCAUCAUUUACAUACGAAUGAUAUGAUUCAUGAUGAUAUUAAGCCGGAGAAUAUCUUCUUGACGAAACACAAGAUCUGUAAACUCGGCGAUUUUGGAUUGGUGAUCAAUUUGAAGAAUCCAAACGACGUCAAAUCGGCAGAAGAGGGUGACUCGAAGUAUCUGGCGCCAGAAGUGCUCAACGGCAAACCCACAUUCGCCUCCGACAUCUUCUCCCUCGGAGUCACAAUUCUCGAAGCAGCUACAGAUUUGGAUGUUCCAUCCAGUGGAGACUCGUGGCAUCAGAUCAGAAACGGCGAGAUUCCUGAACGAUUUUUCGUCGGAAUCUCUACAGAUUUGCGAGUUUUGAUCGAGCAAAUGAUAGACAAGGAUCCAAAGAAGCGGCCGACGAGUCGAGUUCUCCGGCAACAUCAGUCGAUUCGGAAGCGGAGAGAGAAGAGAAGCUGGUUCAUAAUGUCGAUGGAUUUGAUCGACAACUUCACAAGUUUUAUGAGCUCGAUACUCGUCUGGUGUAUGGCAUUCUUGUCCGUCGUCUUCCACCCGAUCGCUUGCUUCUCCGAGGCGAUCAAAAACCGUCGUUCGGAAAUUUGCGCUCAGUUUGUGAAUAACCAACAACACACACCAAUUCACACACCGGAAACGUCGAAAGCCUACUCGGAAUCGCUCACCGGAGUGGCUCUCCGUCAACAAGCCACCGCUCCAGUGUCUCCAUUCGACUUCUCAGAUGACGAGAAUCCUCCUCACUCGCAACGUCGCCCAUUAACCGCGGUGUCACGUCGUCUGAAUUUCGAUGAGAAUCUCGACGACGACGAUGACGAGCAGGCGACAUGCUCCUCGUCCAACUCAUCUGCAAUCGAGUCUGUCGAUGAUUCGAUUAGUCCGAAGAGGAAUCCGGUGAUUCCAGUCAGAGGAACACCGAAGUCCGCACGUCGUCUUCUCUCGAGUUAUCGGUCACAGAAUGUGCCGCCACACGCUGGAUCCGGUGACGGUUUUAAUAACAAUUCGUUGAGGGAAAAAGAGCGAACCGAACGAUAUCUUCGUAUGUUUCAAGCUGAAAAGCAUCUCGAUUGGAACGAUCAUUCGAAUAUGAUUGACGAAGCGCCGCCUCCCAUGUCGUGUCCACCACGUAUCCGGCGGAGUGUCCGUGAUACACGUGUGCCGACACUUAACUUCAAUUUGCUCGACGAGCCAAAGAAUACGGAGGAGAAUGUGUCGAUUGUCUCACCAAAGAAUUCACCAGCGGGGAUCCGGCAACGCCCGUUGAGAAUUGGCGGAAAGUCGUUGAGAUCUAGAUUGAUGUCAUUCCAAGGCUCAUCUGGCGACGAGAUCUAA